UAAUUUAUCUGCAACUGACAGUGGUCAGCUGUUUGCUGCCUGCACCACAGGAUAACCCGUGAAAACUUGUUUCAAGGGAGAAGUGUCCACCACAACACCAUGUCGGUAGGAGAAAGAAAACCCUUGUCUUUAGUGUCGAAGAUCUGUUUUGGACUGAGUGGAUUUUUAGACAUGCCCUGGACCGUAUUUGGAGCUUAUGCUAAUAUUUACCUGGUGGAGAUCGCUCAGCUGCCGCCGUUGUUUGGGACGUCCGUUGCCUUCGGCGGCAGAGCUUUGGACGCCGUCUGCAAUUUCAUCGUUGCACCACUGAUUGAGAAGACAGACACGCGAUGGGGAAAAAUCAAACCAUGGCUGCUGGGAUCUUUGCUACUUUUCGCUCCCAUGUACACCCUGGUGUGGUAUGACCCGGAUGUGGUUUUAGAAGGCAAGCUAGCCUGGUAUCUCGUGCUCUACAUCUUAUUCACCUUGGCUAAGACGGCAUUAGCUGUGUCCACCCGCACUUAUGUCAUGUACCUAAGUCCUGACAGUGAGGACAGAGACUCUGCAACUGCCUACAGGGGACUUUUCGGGCUGGUUUCAAUGAUAGCAGGGAUAGCCAUACAUGGACAAAUUGUUGCCUCGUACACAAAGGUCCAGAUCGGCCCGUGUGCCAAUGGCACCAACAACCCCGUCAAUACUACGAACAGCACUAUGGACCAUGCCUUGUUGGCUGAAGAGAAAACGGGUUACCUGAUAUCAGCUGGUGUUAUUGCUGCCAUUACUUUUGUCUGCAUCCUUGCGCCAGUUGUUGGAACGACAGAACAAAGAGAUAAUUCACAGACGUCUUCCCAGGAACGCAACCUAUCAGCCUUAAAGAUGCUCCGGGCAGUUUUGACGUUUCGACCAAACGUCUACAUUUUGGGGAUACAAUUCUGUGUCCAGAUAACUAUGACUACAAUGCUCGGGGCGGUGGUACUCUAUGUACAGUUGGCGUUAGACCUUCCGGAGCAGAUCCAUAACGCCACGCUUAUAUUUGCGGUAAGUCUUUUAAAGAAACCUUCUUUAAGAAAUUAAUUCCAAUAUCCAAAUAUAUGUUCUAUUCUAAAAAGAUUCGAUUGUUAAACAAUUCCAAUUUCUGAGCACAAAUAUAAUAUAUAGUAUGAAGUCUUUUAUCUGUAUCCACAAAAUUUCAAAUGCAAUAAGUGUCGAGAAGCUUAUUAUUAAGUGUGACCAGAGCUGACUAGAACAUGUUUCUCAUGGCAUGUAAUUCGCGGGGUAACCAAUAUCCCUUGCUUUUUAAAGGGAUAUCUAGGAAUAUCAAGUCGACGAUUUAGAACUUCAAUAUUUUGAAAAUUUCUAUUACAAUUUAAAGCCAACGUCCGUUGACUCUAAAGCCCUAAAUAUCCUGUAUUUAAGCACAUAAGUUACGAAUAUAGAUCACCCCACAGAUAAAGGUAAACUAUCGUUAAUCUACAAUUUAUCAAAAUCUUCAUGAGAAAUCUCUUCAUAGUUUUACUAGAAUAAAGUCACUAUGUUUAACUUCCAGCAGAGCAAGUUGACACGCACACAUCAGAUUGCAGACCAUUUUUGUACGUUCUCUCCCACCGAAUAAUACCAGGUGCUACAAAGUAACGAUCGCAAUAAUUUAAACAUUAACGAAUAUUGACAAGCUCUAUUAUAUAAAACUGGA